CUAGCUGCUUGGGGCGGCGCCUGCUAUAUAGGCCGCCCGCGACGCGCCUCGCGUUCGCCAGUCCGCUCGCAACAGACACCGCCGAGGCUUCGCCGCCAAACACCACACCAGCGUCACCACACCAGCAGCCAUGGAGGACGAAGAGCAGAAGAUGCUGAUGUUGCGCAAGGCAUUCCAGAUGUUCGCCAAGUCGGGCACCAUCGAUACCAUCAAGAUCAGCACCAUCUUGAACACCAUGGGGCAGCUCUUCGAUGACGGAGACUUGCAGGCCAUCAUUGAUGAAGAAGACACAGAGGGGUCGGGCAAGGUGAACUUUGACGGCUUCUGCAGGAUCGCCUCCCAUUUCCUGGAGGAGGAGGACUCGGAAGCCAUGCAAGAGGAGCUGAAGGAGGCUUUCAGGCUGUACGACAGGGAAGGAAACGGCUACAUCACGACGGGGACGCUGCGAGAAAUCCUGGCGGCGCUGGACGACAAGCUGGGACCAGAAGACCUGGACGGCAUCAUCGCCGAGAUUGAUACCGACGGCUCCGGCACCGUCGACUUCGACGAGUUCAUGGAGAUGAUGACGGGAGAAUAAGCCAGCAAAUGCGAGGGGUACGGCGCCCAGCGGUUUACUCACUACGGACCAAGAGCAACAGCACCACCUGCAGCGUCAUCGCCAAAGCCGCGAACCCUCCUGAACGGCCACGGAGAAGCAGCACUCAUCACACCCAUCCAGCACUCGCCUCAGCCACUAUUGCUAACACUUAGCAACAGACAUUGUAAAUAAAUAAUUUCGCCACUA